AUGGCCGCACACCAGCGAAAGAUCGAGCUGCAAUCACCAGCAGACUUGACUUAUCUCUAUGCCAACACAAUGGCGCUCUCGCGCAAGAAACUCGACCUAUAUUUUCCCCCUUCCGCAACAAACGAUGAGACACCCGAUCCGAUGCGCGAACGCGUAAGAGAAUUGGUGGACGAGUACAUAAACCGUACAUUCAUAACAGCCUCUGCUUCGAUUAGCAUCAAUGGAAUCGAUUCUUCCCAUCCGCAGUUCCCCUUUCCGGCAUCGUUUACUGCACCCGAGACGGUCGAAUAUGAACCUUACGACACUGAGCUAGCAUCGCGCGUGACAGCCCUCUACGCACAACUUGAGUCACUCACCACGACGGUUGCGCAGCAGAGGCGGGAUGCGCCACGACAAGCGGCAAAGGAGUAUGCGGCGCAUUUAAUGCAGGUACUCAAGGAGGAGGACGAAGACGAUCUUGACGAACCACAGACCGAGGACAGUGAAACGAAAGAUGGAGCGAUGGACGUUGACGCAGGAGAUGCUUCAUCAAAACAAAUUGGAGUGUCACAGUCACAAGCUCGGCGCCAUCGCCAUCGUCCGGAUCCUGCGUGGGACUUACAGAUUCCGCUUGGCACGGAUGCAGAGGCGGAGCGCUGGCGGAGUGGGGAUAUGGCAGAGGUGUAUGAACAUGCAUUGCGGACGUUACAACGGUUACAGGGUGAGGCUGAUGCGGAUGGUGAGGAUGGUUCUGAGGGCAAUGCAUUGGCUACGACGGUGGGCAAGGCCGAACGGGCCGGGCGGGCUGCAGAUGUCGUGGACAGUAUGUAA